ACCCGUCUGGUGGCCGGCCUAUCUGGUGCGGUGCGGCGCGGCUCGAUCCGGCCCGACGAUUCCGAUCCCCUCCCGUCCCGUCCAUCCCGUCUCGUCUCGCCUCGCCCUCCACGCCGGCGACCGGAGAAGGGGCCGUGCAGCGCAGGCGACGCCCACAACGAAUCCGUCCCCCCGCGCCGGCUUCGCCCAGCCCCGCGGCGACGCACCAGGAUUGAAGGAGGCAUGAGAAGGUGGACAUCAUUGCUAUAGCGAUUUGAUUACUGGAGAUGGUGUUGGUGGUAAAGCAGCACCGCUGCACACACUCUGCGAGCUGCGUUUGCAUCAAGGGCCACCUCAGUGAGGAUGCUCUGUUCCUCGUCUUCCGCCACAUGAACUGGAACCCGAGGCUGAUUGCUAUCUUGUCGUGUGUGUGCAAGUGGUUUGACGAGGUUGCCAAGCAGGUGCUGUGGAAGGAGUUCUGUCAUGCAAGGGCUCCAAAGAUGAUGCUGGAUUUGCAUUCAGGUGGCAGCCACAUUGUUGAUGGGAACUGGAAGGCACUGGGGAAGCUGCUCAUCUAUUGCAAUGGCUGCACAAAAGGGGGGCUGUUUAAUAACAUUCACGUUCCAGGCCAUUUUGUGUUCAGGACACGCUUUUCUAGGACUGCGGGCAGGAGUUUCCUGCCUCUGCCAUGUAAGUCGGAUGUCCUGUAUGUGUCAGAUCCAUGCGAGCAUCUUGAUCAGGGGGAAGAAGGCGACAUAGGUUUCUUCCGAGGCAUCUUUAUGUCAUUUGCCACUUCAAGGGUAAAGAAGAUGUUGAUUGAGAAGCGGGCGAGGUUUCAUCCAAGGGAGUUGUGCCCUUAUUGUAAGGCCAAGCUAUGGAACAUGUUUCAGGAAAAUAUGAUCCCAAGGAGUGCUUCCGCAAGGCUGGGUGCCUAUGAUGACUCUGUGGAGUAUUUUGUAUGCCUGAAUGGACAUGUUAUUGGACUCGGUACCCUACUACCACUCUCAGACUCAGAGGAGGCAGCAGAUGAGUGAUCAUCAAGAACAUGAAUCAGGUUUAGAAGAUUGAAGCCCAGGGCUUGUGAAAUGGUACUGAAUCUUGGUUGUGACUAGCAGAUAAUGACAUUGGUUCUGCAAACUGUUGCACGACAGGAACCUGUGAUGGGAUCUGCAUCGAACUGCAGCUGUGUUCUUCAGGGGGUGCCUUGCAUCAGAUUGAAAAAAAGAGCUACUUUAUAGUGCCUCUCCUUUAUUUAUUGAUAUGUCAUUACUUGUUUUUGUAACUGCAAUCAAGAUACUGGGACGCUACCCGCUUGCCUGUUUAGACAUGUUCACAUCAUGUGUAGUGAGGUGUUUUAUUUAACGAGAUGUUAAAUUUGUGCUCA